CCUCCUCCUCCUCAAAAGCCAACUCCACGCCUUCCUCGUGCGCGUUCGCGAUGCAUGAAUGUAGCCGCGUGCGCGCCCUUUGCCGUGCAGCGUUCACAAAACGUUGCGGAGACACCGAACGCAGCCCCGAAUGCCUCCAGUCACAUCCUCGAUCACCCCUGACAACAAAGGACGCUUUUCACAUGUCUCGCUAAAAGUAAGGAUCCAAUUAUAAGGCUCGCGUGCUCGAGCUAAAAAGGCAACCGCUCCGCGGAGAAGCCGCGAUUGGCUCCCGUGAAAGUCACUCUAUUAUGAGUCAAGCUGGACAGUUGAUGCCCUGGCAACUCCCUCAGCAACCAGCGCCCGGCAACAAAGACUCAUCCCUGUGUGUGGUGGCAGUAGAUCCAGUGUGUUUGGUCCGUGUUCAACAGGCUGAGCAGAAAGCAAACAUGCCUGCAAAGAAAAAGACCAAAAAGGCCACAAAGAAGAAGCCAGGAAAAAUUGAAAAUGAACUGGAGGAACAACGCAGGCCCAGCUUACUGGAUGUAGUCGUCCUACAAGAUCACGUCGCUCUACAGCGUGAAUCGCUAAUACGGGUCCAGGCUGACAGAAGUGACCUGAGGAGAUGCUUGAGGAAUAUGGAGCAGAAGCUGCAGCAUGAGAUACAAGACCGCAGGGACAUCAGCUCUGACCUCAGUCGCCAGUACAAAACCAUGCAGACAGAGCUGACCCACAAGGUGAAGAGGCUGGAGGAGGAGGUCAGCCAGCUGAAGGAGGAACUUGCACUGUGUCAGGAGGAGCUGAGGAAGGAGAAACGGGAGCGCGAGGAGCUGGAGGAGGAGAAGGAUGCCGCCAUAUGUGACCUCCAACUCAAGCUAGACAACAUGGAAACAGACUAUGAGAAGAUCCUGCAUGAGACUCUAGACAGUCUGACCUCCCAGCUGUCUGUGGCUCGACAGGGAUGGGAGGACAGGAGCACAAGCCUGCAUGAGAACUACAAGCAAGCGCUCUCCGAAUUUGGCCUGAACGCUCUGGACGUGUAGAAAGGGCUGAGGCCUUACGCACGCAAGCGACCGCCCCCAGUGAGACGCUUCAGUUCAGCGUCGUUGUCCACAGCUCAGGUUCUGUUUGAUCAGACUGUUGCCACGGCGCUGGGUUCAAACAAAAGUGACAGCGUGAAUUUGCUCACCCACCAUUCCGUACGCCGAACACACAGAUGGAGGCCGGAGAUAAUAUUGUACAACCGCGGUACAAGUGUGUGCACGUAUCCAGUAGUUUUACUAUACAGCGUCUGUAAUGCUGUGCAACGCCCACUAGAUGUAGCAAAUGACUGUUAAUGGCCAGCAGGAUAUUUGAGAUAGAUGUUUUUACAGGGGUUAUGGUGUGUAUUUCAGACUUGAAUGUGUUUAGGUGACAUUCCAAGAUGUUCCAACAGGUUGGUUCACUGUAAUGGCAAAGAUGGCGAUGCAGAUACGAUGUCUCAUGCAGGAAAAGGCAUAGAAACACUGUGCCUGUCAGCAAACGCAUAAACAAAAGUCAAGAUAAUGGGAAAUAUAAAAAGUAAACAAAAAGUGAUGUCUGGUGGGAAGUAAACUAACAAUGCACAACAACAACAGAAAGGCAAAAUAAGAGUUAAUGAUGCAGGAAAUGCGAUAUAGCUGCCCAGUAUCGAUUAAAGCCGACUUCCCCUGCAGUGAGCCAGAUAAACAGAUUUCGCUUCCAAGGCUGUCAUUUGUGUGUCUUUUUCAUGGCCCACUGCAAUUUAUUUUAGCCUCUCAUCUGUGAGGUAAUGAAUCAUUUACCCGGGGAUUAAGAUAAUUCUGAGCUCUAACGACCAAUUAACACAGGAACUCAAGAGGCCUUUAUCUGAAAUCCAGUGAUUACAAUGAAAACUCGCCUUCAGAGAGGGCAUGUGUUUCUAUUUAUUUAGGACAUAAUAGGGUCGGCUGCAGUCAUCGCUGAGCCACGAUUCGAUAAGCAUCACAGAGCCUUGAGGAUUUUCUUCUCAGCAUCGUUCUAAUCUUUAAAUACGUUGCUGUGCAUCUUUAUCCUGCUUGAAGCGUGAGGCCAAAGAUCGUAGACGGACGGAUGCAUGUAUGUUAUUGUUAACAUUGUAUAACUUAAAGUUAAAGACCCGCCGAGCACAUGAGACGAGACGGGGCUGAGUUCAUGAAGGAGAUGAUUAAUGAACUGAUUAAAAUGUGAAUGUUUUUGCUGCUGUCACUGAAGCCUCUGCAUCGAGACUGAUGACACUCAUAAAACGCAGAGGCAUUAAGGAAAGUGACUAAUGUGAGCUUCAGUCUUGCGAACUUUAAUCCAAGGUCAAAAGACUUUUCUAUCGCCUACAUUCGGUGAAGUUUUGCAUGUGUAUAAUUAUAAUGAACCCAUGUGGCUUUGUUAUGCGCGACUAAAAAUAAAAGGAGAGAGGCUGC